CUCUUUGGUUAAAUGUAAUUCACUUGCAUGCAGAGGGGCAGAUAGUUUUUGUGGAUAUAAAACAAGUGAAAUUUCUGCUGACAGUUGGAUGGAGAUUACUUAAUAGUAAUGGAAAAUCAAACAAAUUGCAGUUCAAUAAUUAAAUCGGUCUAUUAGCAAUGCAAGACAUUUGCUUAGAUUUACGAGCGGCGAUUGAUCGCGGGCGUACUGAUAUCAUUCGGAUAUUAAUCGGUGCAUGUGACAAUGAAAAUCUCGGAGAAGGCAUCACAAGAGAAGAUAUCCUUAACCAACCCUUUCUGGAGGAGGGAACAUUCCUUUCUUAUGCUUCCAAGACGAAUCAAGUAGACGUUGUUCGAACCCUAUUGAAGUGUGGAGCUGAUCCAUCAAUUAAAAAUGCACAUGGACAUAACGCUGUUGAUGUAGCAGCUAGUGAAGUAAUUCGCUUGAUUUAUGUUGAGGAAUUAUUGAGAGCAAUUGCUGCCUGCGAAAUAGACAGAGUUUUACAGCUCUUGGAUGCUGGAAUUGCCGUUAAUUCUUGGGACUCCGAGGAAAGUAAAAAUACACCACUGCAUUGGGCAGCAUGUUACGGCAAUAAAGAAAUCAUUGCCUGUCUUAUAGAUCGAGGAGGCAAUAUCAAUGCCCAAAACGGCUGCGGUGUAACACCGUUACAUGAAGCAAUGAACCGUGAACAUGUGGAAAUAUGUCAGGAACUCUUGCAGGCAGGUGCUAAUCCUCAUAUUCGUGCGAUACAAGGACCAUUUGGUGGAAAGACAGCCGACGAUCUCUCCCGCUAUAUACCCUCGAUGAAGAACGUGAUACAGCGCUUCGUGUCAAACUUCCCCUCAAAAGAGCCUGAGGGUAUUCACAGCCCAGUAACAUCUAAUCCAGAUACCAACAGCUUCAACCAGAAGAGUUUAUCCACAAACAUCAGCCAAAUCUCCAUAGACUCUGCCAAAUCCACGGAGCCCCUUUUUGACUCCACCACUGUGCCAGUAACCGACAGUCCUGUUCGUCUCCAGAAAUCUGGACGCCAUAUUUGGAGCCUUAUAUGGCCCCAGCCGAAGAGCAUUCAGGAACUCGUUGACUUUUCCCCUCCAUUCAUUGCCGGAAAAGAGCUGUCCAUCUCAAUAAUCCAAGGUAGUGAAUCAAUUCAUGAUAUUUUGGACGUCUGGGAGGUAUCUCGAAGUCACCUACUAGAGCUUGGCCACGAUGUUAAAGUGGGAGAGGUCCAGCCAGGCUCAGGUCGUUGCACAGGAGACAACAGAAUUGAAUGUAUCGUAAACAAAAAACUUUUCAACGUCGCGGAGGGCUACCAGCUUCACAUUUCCCAAAACUCCAUAAGAGUCAGUGCGGGAAGUUUAUCGGGCCUGCACUAUGCAGUGUGCACUUUUGUACAAAUUCUCCGUCUCAGCAAAAAUGCAGGAACUCCAGGAGUUUGCGAGGUAGAGCCUGUCAUUAUUAAAGACGAACCUCGUUUUGUACACAGGGGAAUUCUCCUCGACAUUUCUCCAAGAGGCCGUACACCCACAUUAGACUAUCUCCUGCAUACGAUAGACCUCUGGUCUUCUUUCAAGAUCUCCCACUUGCAUCUUUACUCGAGACUCACUCCGAGCUGUGACUGGCAGUUAUGUUAUUCAAGGCUGGAGAUGGUGACGUUGGAUCGUUACUGCAGAGAUCGUCAUAUAGACAUGAUUCCCGCUCUCGAUGUAGACCAGAACGUUAGCCAACGUCAUCUUAAUCAGAUGUGGCCAGUAUUCCAGGAAGUUCUCGCAACAUUCCCUAGUUUAUCGUAUGUACACGUUGGUCCAAGACUAGCGAGUCUCCUGGUGCAGCCAGAUAAUUUGGACUAUAGUCUGGGUACCAAUGAAACUGUUGAAACCGACAUGUCAGAGGUGUUCAAGUCCUAUUCGUGCCUCCAAGAACUAUGGCACAUACUUAACCUUAAUUCUGAUACAACACUUCUAUUGUGUUCUAAUGGGUUACAUUCAAAACCAGAGUUUAGAAGUAUUCCUACCAAUGUUAUUUUGGUGGAAUAUGGUUUUCAAGCUGAUUACGAUUUCUCUGAGUGGACAGAGACAUUCAAAACAGCUGGUGGUAAUGUUCUACCUAGUUCAGGUACUGCCAGCUAUAAUUCUCUUGCUGGAUGCCCUGCGUCAACUUUUGCAAAUACUAGAAAUGCAAUAAAAACAGCGUUGGAACAAAAUUCAAUUGGAAUAAUCGUUGCGCACUGGUCAGGAAGUCAUCAUCUUACGCCUCAUCCUUUCUCGUGGUUGGGGUAUUUGGUAGGAGCUGGAUUGGCAUGGAAUCCAGAAUGUGAUGUUGAACUUGGACCUAAUGAUCCUUUUGAUCACGAUCAUGAUAUGAGUCCCAAUGGAAAAUAUCCAACGUUUCUGACGAAUAUAUUGAAUGUUCACGUUUUCCGUGAUGCGGAAAAUAAAGUGGGAAAUGCCAUUCUAGAGCUCGGGAGGGUGGACACACUGGUGCUUAUAUUGUCCAAGAAUCAGGGAUGCAAUGAUCUUCAGCAAAUUCCGGAUAAUAGAGGUUCAACACUUUAUAGACUCUUGACUGAUCCUGAUAAUGUUAAUCUGGAGUUUUUGAGUGCUGAUCUAUUUGUGAAAAUGACGAAGCAGAUUAAACGUGUGACUCAUGCACUUUAUGAAGCUAAUGUAACGUCGCAGUUUGGGGCUAUGGAAAUUCAAGAGUUGCAACUUACUGCGGAUCUUAUGCUAACUGCUUGUAAAAUUGGAAGGACAUUGAUUGGGGUUGGAGUGAAUCCUAAUAGCAAUAUGGGGCUUGCUGUUAUCAAUUUAGGUGUCAGUAAUCUACCACCAACUUUUAGGACUGACAUUGCUAAUAAGAUGCUUGCGCAUAUUGAGCAAUAUAAGGGCGCCUGGCUACAAAGGCAUCUACCUCAGGGAUUGCAGACAUCUUUGCUUGUACUUAAUAGUGCACUCAAUCGGUUUGUACCGGAAGCAUAAUUUUUUGUACUCAUCAUUCUGAAAGAGGAUAAGUACAUGCAGUUCAUUGAAUAACUGCAGAAUUUUUCAUUAACGCAGCCUAUGAAGGUGAUCUAUAAUAUUCCAUAGUAUUCCUUAUCGAAGACUGUUAAAUUUUAAUUAGUUGAUGAAUAAAUCCAACACCAUUUUAUGUAUUGUGUUAUUAAUGCUUAUUUCAGUUCAGAGUUAUUGUUAUUUUUAGACACCAUGAAACUGACACAAUUAGUAUAGUGUAAAUGUGGAAGUUUUCAACUUUUAAAAACAGGAUGAUUGUAUGGAGGUUUUUAUUUCAAUAAAGCUACAAGAUGAGUGCUUAAGACAGCACCCCAACAUUUUUAUUCAGUAAA